AUGGUCGAGAUUAAGGCCUACCAAUAGUUCUUCAACACAACUGUAUUGUUGUGUUUGUGUAUAGCAUAGGAUUCUUUGGGUCCCAUAAGUCUUGUGUCGGGGUUUUUGACUCUCAAAAGACAUGAUGUCUUAAUGUGUGAACAAUAGAUCAGUGAAGUGGAUAGAUAUGAGUGUUAUAUUAUUGUUAAGUUUGAUUAUCAUCACUGGCUUAUUGGUUAUCGAUAAACAUGUUGUAUUAGGAUUGCCACCAAAAUCUAAUGAUCGUCUUCAAUGGAUUGAAUCGUCGACCGAUUUUCUCACGCCCUUUGCAAAGGAUGUCAUCUUCCAGUGCUAUAUAGUCAACGACGAAAACUAUACAAAGAUAUGGCUUAGAAAUGAGGAACAGAUCACACAAACAGAGAAAUAUCGGAUGACAUUAAGCACUUUGACCAUCAAAAAGGUUGACUUUGAUGACGCCGGCCAUUAUUCAUGUGUCGUACUCACGGCUCGCGAGACACUUCGGAUCAACUAUACUCUAGAGGUUGAUCCGCCACAACAGGACCAGCCAUUGACCACAGAAAGAAGCGGCAAAAAUAGGAAAACAACUGAAAGCAGAUCCAACGCACCAUAUUUUACUAAAUGGGAUAAAAUGCGGCUUCAGUUGAUCAGCGAACCGGCUGGCAGUCAAUUGAAACUAUUUUGCCCAUCUGGUGGUACACCCACUCCUACCAUACGGUGGUUUAAAGAUACUAAACUAUUGGAGGGAACCGUAAGAGAGAAUUCAGAAAUGAUGCAAAUGAAGAAAUGGAUGCUAUCGAUGGACAAUAUAGCGCCGUCUGAUUCUGGUGUCUAUACAUGUGUUGUGUCCAACAUAUUUGGUCAAAUCAAUCACACAUAUAAUGUGGAAGUCUAUAGUGUUUUGGCCCACAAACCCGUAUUUGAUACCCAUCUCUAUAAUAUCAAUCAGACGCUACCAUUGGGUCAAACGGCAAUCUUUGACUGUAUGUUUAUGUCGGAUGUCGAGGUUCUCAUUGAUUGGUACAUGAGUUCAAAUGAUGGCAACACCACAUCCUAUACUAUCAUUGAUCACAAAGACAUUAAAUACAAUGGCACUGAUGCUUAUCAACUGGUCAUCAAUAACUUGACAUUUGAAGACACAGCAAACUAUUCAUGUGUUGUCACCAACCUAUACGGUCCUUCAUUCAAAAAUUUUACACUUAAAGUCCUAUCCACUGAUCCAUCGGUGAUAAAGUUGGAUAAUCUCAAGACACCGUUCAAUCUGUUUGCUGUAUCAAUAUUGUCGGUCUUGUGUUUUGUCUGUUUUUUCGGUUGUCUUCUAUUCGCCUGUUAUUCCCGACGAAAGAAAAAUGUGACAAUAAUUGCACAGAAAAGCUAUGUCAUCAAAAAGAAAGUGAUUCUCGAGAGUCCCGAUCCGGACAAAUGCAACGAUUCGCUCAUACCAUUAGUCAAAAUUGACUACCAGGCCAUCGAAGUUUCAGCAAACAGUGAUCAAUCUAAUAGAAAAGAUCACUACGAACUGCCAUUGGAUCCACUAUGGGAACACUCCAGAGACAGACUAAUAUUGGGCAAACAAUUAGGUCAGGGGGCGUUCGGACAGGUAGUAAAAGCUGAGGCCUACGAUUUGAAAUGUUCGCCCAAAAAGAAGACAGUAGUGGCCGUCAAAAUGUUGAAAGACUUUCAUAACGACGACGAGAUGACAAACUUGGUCUCUGAGAUGGAGGUCAUGAAAAAGAUCGGACAAAAUAUAAAUAUAAUCAAUUUGUUGGGCUGUUGUACACAAAACGGGCCCCUCUAUGUGAUCGUUGAAUACGCUCUGAAUGGAAAUCUUAGGGAUUUCUUACGUAAACAUCGAUACGACUCAAGUGCUUAUGAACAGCCUAUAGGCAGUGGGUUGGAGGACAGGGAUGGGGAUGCGAUGAUGAAACCGUUAACAUAUUUAGAUCUCAUCAUUUAUGCCUACCAAAUUGCCAGAGGUAUGGAGUAUUUGGCCUCAAAAAAAUGCGUUCACAGAGAUCUGGCCGCCCGUAAUGUUCUGGUCUCCGAAGAUAAUGUCCUCAAGAUAUGCGACUUUGGAUUGGCCCGUAAUAUACAGGGAGACUACUAUAGAAAGACAACCGAUGGACGACUUCCUGUCAAAUGGAUGGCAAUCGAGUCAUUAUUAAGUCAGAUCUAUACAUCCCAGUCGGAUGUCUGGAGCUAUGGUAUACUUUUGUGGGAAAUAAUCACUUUAGGCGGUACUCCAUACUAUGGUACGCCGGCAGAAGAUCUCAUCAAACUCUUGGAAAAAGGUUACCGAAUGAAACCGCCCAACAAAUGUCCGGAAGAGAUCUACCAGAUUAUGAACAACUGUUGGCAGGAGAAGCCAUUGGAUAGGCCAACGUUUGCACAGUUAGUCAAAGUGUUGGGUGAUAUCAUCUCCUGUAACUCAAAUCAAGAGUAUUUAAAAUUGGAUUACGAUUACACUGAUUGUACGUCCGUACCGAUUGCCGAAACAUCAUCGACAUCGCCCACCUGUUCCGAUAAUGGACAACAAGUUGUCGACAUAGAGUCGAUAGAAGAGAAAAAACUUAUUAUCGAUACUAAGUUUAUUGAUGAUAAUCGCCGUAAUCGUGAGUUUGUCGCUCAACGAAACAUCGAGAACCGGACCUAUGAUCUGACAGCUCUUGAAAUUAAAACCCGAUAUUUGACUGAAAAGUUGAAUGUUUUUCAUACUAAAGAAGAAUUUGUUUGAAUAAUUCUGUGAAUUCAAUCACUUAAUUGUCACUAUAGUUGUCUUAC